AUGUUAGCUGAUCUUCGUGAGACUGUGAAGAGCUUUAAAAUGUUCAAGCCUAUGACCUACCUAUGGCAAAUACCUCGAACUGUUUAUUCAAAAGCAGAUGUACAUCGUGAUCAAGUUCAACGAUUAGAUGAAUUUCAAGCACUAUUAAAAUCAACGAUGGAUCUAGCUGAUCAAUUUAGUGAUGAUACAAGUGAAUGGCUAUUGAUUGAUCACCGUCUUCAAUCAAUUAAAGAAAAUUUUGACUUUUUAUUUGCUAGAAAAAAUCGUGAACAUCGAGAAAUAAAAACAAAUCUUAUUCAAGCAGAAGAUAUAAAACAUGCAAUGUUAGACAUCAAUUCUCAAUUAGAUCAUCUUGAAUCCUUAAGUCAUUCUUUGGAACCUGUUGAUGAAAGAGAAAUAAAUAUAAGUAUUAAUCGUACAAAACUUCAUCGAUUUAUUCGUAUUCAUGAUGAUCUUGAAAUUCUUCAUGAACGUUUAAUUAAUAUAAAUGAUCGUUUAAAAUGUCUCUUAUCUGGUGAUCAAUUACGUAUAACGAAUGAUUUAAAAUUAAUGUUUGAUCGUUUAAAUUCAAUAAAACGAAUUGUUAGAAUUUAUCUUGAACGUUUAGAAAAAUUAUUAGCUACAAAUGAAUUACAUGAAAAUUUUUCAUCAAUAAAUCAUUCACCAAUUAGAACGUCGAAUAGCAAUCUUCAACGUGUUUAUCAAUAA